CGAGUUCGUCAAAACAAAGAUGGACGCAUGGAAGAGGAGGUUGCUCCACAAGAAAAGGCGCAAAAAUUUAAAUAACAUAGGUUUUGUUUGAAAUACUCCCGUAAAAAGUCCUCUGAGAUGACUGAGGAAAGUUCAGAAUCACUUAUGCGCUAUUUGAAUGGAGAAAUAUCAGUGUUUGAAUGGCUGGAAGUGGGCGCAGAAACAAAAUCAAUGCAAAUUGACUCGGAUACCGACAAGUGUACAACAGACAUUCUGGAGAAAUUAUUGAAAGAUGAUGACGAUGAGGAUGAUGAUGAUGAGGGUGAUGAUGAUGAUGAUGAUGAUAGUGGUGGAGAAGCUACUUAUGACAAUGAGCAGCCAACUGACAAUAAGGAAAUGGAGGAAUYAAAUCAAAAUGAACCAAUGUCUCUCAAUCAAGAUAGUCAAGAAAAUAAGAACUCUGAAGUCCAAGCACCAAAGAAAAUGACAGAACUACUUCUAGAUCUCCCAGCAGCAAAGAAAGUACAGAAGAAUCGAGGCACUGGAGUUGAUGAAUUCCUGGCAGACAUUCCAUUGUCAAGGAAACGCAGGGGUCGAAGGUCCAGAAGAAAUGCUGUCCCUCACAAGCUAAGGCAACAGAUGGGWAGAGCUAAUAUUCUAUGUGCCAAGGGAGACUAUGAGACRGCRAAGGCUAUUUGYAUGGAYAUUAUAAAACAAGUACCAAAAUGUCCAGAACCUUUCCAGACACUAGGAAUGAUAUGUGAAAUGCAGGAUCAAAUGGACAAAGCUCUCCAGUUCUUUCUAAUAUCAGCCUACCUCAGUAAAUCUUGUGAUGUGGAGGAGUGGUUGAAGCUUGCUGGCAUGUCUCUUGAACAGAAUGACUACAAGCAAGCAUUAGCAUGCUAUAAUCAAGCAUUAAAGAAUGAUCCAGAGAAUAUUAGUGUUCUUUGGGAUAGAGCAGCAUUAUAUUACCAAAUGAAAGAACAUAAGAAAGCGACUGAUGGAUAUGAAUCCAUAUUGAAGCUACUUCCAGUAGAGUGCACAGAGAGGUUUUUUGAAGUUUCCAUAGAGAUAGCAACGAUCUAUCAUGAGGACUCUUGCCUUGAAAAGGCCAUCGAAGCUAUGACUGCUGCUUUUGAAAAAUAUCCUGAUUUCCUGGACUACAGAGCAAUCAAUUUGUUAGCAGAGCUUCACAUGGCAGCAAAACACUACUCAUUAGCACUCACGCAUAUUUGUACUGUUUGUAAAUUUACUCAAGAGUCAAUAGACGAAGAAAGCCAUGAUCAAGAGGAACCACUUUCAUCAUUUUCCAAUCUCAUGGGUUAUGAUAUCAACAACUCACCAMAAAAAUCUAAAAUUGUAAACAGCUCCAUUCCCAGUCUGCCAUCAAGAGGCAAGUGGGUGGUACCUGAGUCUGUUCCUAUUGACAUCAGAGUCAAAGCUAUAGUGUGUCUGAUAAAUCUGCACGAGCUCCUCCCAGUCAAGACGUUGAUGUCACCGUUAUUUAAAGAAAAUAUAGAUGAAGUUGGCGAUUUAUAUCUUGAUAUUGCGGAAGCAUACGCUGAAACAGGUGAACAUGUUGAAGCUCUUCCWAUCCUUGACACUCUUGUUCUAUCAGCUAAAUACAAUCAGGCUGCCGUUUGGUUGAAAAAAGCCCAGUGUCUCCUGUCAUUAGGUCGACUAGAAGAGGGUGUCAUGGCGUAUAAUCAAGUUGUCACUCUGGCUCCCAACCACCUWGAGGCAAGAUUGACAUUGUCUUCUCUACAUCAACAGCUUGGACAACCUGARCAAGCUCUUGAUAUUCUCUCUGACCGAUCCAAUGACCAAGGGAUGUUUUCAUCAAUACCAUCAGAAGCAGCCUCGGCUAAUGAAACAGAUGAACCAAUGGAUGCUGAUCAAGAAAAAGAUGACUUUAAACCCCAGGAUUUUCGUUUAAUGUUCCAUAAGUGCAUUUUGCUUGAAUCUCAAAGUCGCGUUCAGGAUUUCGUCGAUGCUGGUCUUCAGUUGUUCUCGAUGUAUUUCCGUGAUGUUUACUUCAACGUGCCUGAUGAAGAUGAAAAGUACCCUGGUUUGAAAUUGCGAAAGAAAACUGGAGCUAAAAAGAUUUCUGCUAAAUCAAAACAAGAGAAAGGACAAGAAUCAAGUGUUUCCGAUAAGAUCAAGAAAAGACGUCCUAUAAGAGAAAAGAAACGAGCUGCUAACGAGGAAUCAGGUGGGUCGUUAGCACGGUCGCAGGACGACACUGGGAUACGUGUCGAGGAAUGGUGGGACAUGUUGAAAAAGAUUAUAAUCCAAGCGUCGGCCAUCAAACGACAUCAUGACGCUGAGCACCUCGUGUUGUGCGGGCUCAAUUCACAUCGGUUAACUAACUGCAAAGAUUAUCAACAAGAACUUGAGUUCAUGAGCAUAGCAGCUUCAUGUUUAACCAACAAAUAUAAAUUGGCAUUUGACUACGCUCGAAAUAGUCUGAGCAACCACAUAGGGAGUCAGAUGAUGUGGAAUAUCUUGUCUGCAGUAGUAUGUCGUACAGAGGACCUUCGACAUCAUCGCUAUUGCAUGAGAUUAUCCCAUAAGUAUCCUGAUAAUAUUAAUUUAUUUAUUAUGAAUGGUCAUAAUGCGUUUAUGGCUGGGAGUUACAAGUUUGCUAUAGCGGAGUACACGAGUGCUUUUCGUCAAGAUCCAAAAGAUCCAUUCCUAAGCUUAUGCCUUGGAAUACAGUACAUUCAUCUUGCGAGUCAAAAGUUUCCUCGCGGACGCCAUAUGAUUGUGGUACAGGGUUUUCUAUUCUUAUUCCAAUAUCUUGCUUUGAGAGGUGAAUGCCAAGAACCCUACUACAACAUAGCGAGAUCAUUUCAUCAAUUAGGACUUGUACAUUUUGCUGUCCAUUAUUACAAGAAAGCCUUGGAUUGUCCUUUCUAUUCAACAUCUACUGAUGGUAGUUCAAAGCAUUCUAUUUUUCAACAGGUUUCAGAAAAGCAUGAUCUUCAUAGAGAAGCAGCGUUCAAUCUUUCUCUUAUAUACAGAGCAAGUGGUAACUUCCCAUUGGCUAGAAAAAUACUCUAUCAAUAUGUCACCAUAUAGCUAAUGGUAUUUACUAGAUAAAACU